GUCCGCUCGCUUUUAGUUGGAAUGUUCGCUUUCUAAGAAUAUUUGAGACAGUUUCAAGUGGUUGCAAGAUCGUCAUCGUAAUAAAAAAGUAAACACAAUUAUUAUUUUACUGUUUCGUAAAAAAAUGUAUGUAGUUUUAUAGAAAAUGGAAGAGAAAUAUAUAUUGACUUUGGAUAUUGGUACCACAACAAUACGUUCUUUUAUUUACAAUUCAAGAGCGGAAUCUGUAGGAAAAGCCGUCGACCAGGUCGUUCUACAUUAUCCUCAGGCGGGAUUUGUUGAAAUUGACCCCGACGAACUAUGGCAUACGAUUAUAAAUGUGGUCAAAAAGUCAUUGCAAGAUGCCAGUUUAUCAGCAGGCCAAAUGUCAGCUAUGGGCAUAUCAACACAGAGAAGUACUUUUAUAACAUGGUCUCGGAAAUCUGGGAAACCUUUCCACAGGUUUAUUACGUGGAAAGAUAUGAGAGCUGAUAAAUUAGUGAAGCAAUGGAAUGAUUCUUAUACUUGGAAGGCAAGCAUUGAAGAAUUUGUACUUGGAAAUUUACUACAUAAUAUAGUUGUUAGUUGUAUUUCUCCACUUGGGCAUACUAAGGGGUUUAGGCAGGAGUCGUUGAUAAAAGCUGGUGCAUUUGCUCUUUAUCUAAUAUCUAGAAGUAAAAGAUUUAGAGCCGGCAGUGCAUUGAAAUUUAUGAAUACCCAGACCACUUUAAGAUUACAAUGGGCGGUACUAAAUAUUGCCACUUUGAAGACAGCCAUAGAGGAAGACGAUGCUAUGUUUGGAACCUUAGAUUGUUGGUUAUUAUAUAAAUUGACAGGUAACAAGCUCCAUGCGACUGAUGUUUCAUCAGCGUCUGCUACCGGUUUCUACGAUCCAUUCACUAUGCAGUGGGCUGGUUGGGCGAUGAAUCUCUUCCAUAUACCGGUGAACGCUCUACCCACUGUAGUGGAUACCGCCGGCGAACACUUCACUAGCACUGACCCAUCUAUUUGGGGUCACGCUAUACCUAUUAGGAGCUCUAUGGCGGACCAAACGGCUUCCAUGUGGGGUUCGUGUUGCUUCGACGUUGGCGACGUGAAACUUACCAUGGGCACGGGGACAUUCUUCGAUAUAAACACGGGUGGCACGCCGCACGCGAGCGUCUCAGGCUUAUACCCAGUGGUGGGAUGGCGAAUUGGGAAAGAACUGGUGUAUUCAGCUGAGGGUGCUAACAAUGACACAGCUUCUAUCAUCAAGUGGGCACAGAAUCUAGGUUUAUUUGAUAAUCCAGAGGAUACAGCGGAAUUAGCAACAUCUGUACCAGACACCGACGGAGUGUACUUCAUACCAGCCUUUAGUGGAUUAGGGCCUCCAUACAAUGAUGGCUCGGCGGCGGCCGGUUUUGUAGGUAUGAAGCCGUCAACGACGCGCGCGCAUCUUGUACGCGCCGUACUCGAGUCGCUCGCGUUCCGUACCGCUCAGUUGUACGCUUGUGUACGGGCCGAGACGAACUUUGAGUUUAAUAGUAUAAGGUUAGAUGGCGGGGUGUCAAAUAACGAUUUCAUUGCUCAGUUAGUGGCAGAUCUAACUGAUCUGCGAGUAGAGCGGCCUAUGAACGUGGAAAUGUCUUCGUUGGGCUGUGCUCAUAUAGUCGGUAUGCAAUUAGGUAUAUGGAAGUCGAAAGACGAAUUGCGAGCUCUCCGCAAAGUAGGUUGCGUUUUCAAACCGCGUUCUAAUAUGCGCAAAUAUCUCAGUGCAUCUAUACAACGCUGGGAGGACGCCGCUAAACGUAUGUGCGGUUGGUAUUCCGAUCAUAAAUCCUCUAACUCAUUGGCGACAGUGUCCGAUUCUAGUAGUAACUCGGUUACGCCACAGAAUAGCUUUAAAGUCACACCUAGGAAGAACGGUAGAUGUUCUAAAUAGCGGUGGCUUUUUUACGCGUUCGCUUUGACAGCAGCGUGUGUACCCUUGUAUAGAUGAUAUAUCGCAAGGAUUAGAAGAAGUAAUGGUUGAAUAUAAAUAGUUUUAGUAUACCGCACACUGCUCAGUUAAUAAGACAAAUUUUAAAAGGGCUUUAAAUAGUAAAGAUACAAAAUGUACGUACUUUUGAAGCAGU